AUGCCAAACCAGUUGGGAGGACCUCAAGGCCCCCCAGGCAAUAUGCCUAAUCAGAUGAGUGGUCCCCCAGGCAAUAUGCCUAAUCAGAUGAGUGGACCACAAGGUAAUAUGCCUAAUCAGAUGGGUGGACCACAAGGUAAUAUGCCUAAUCAGAUGGGUGGACCACAAGGUAAUAUGCCUAAUCAGAUGAGUGGACCACAAGGUAAUAUGCCUAAUCAGAUGGGUGGACCACAAGGUAAUAUGCCUAAUCAGAUGAGUGGACCACAAGGUAAUAUGCCUAAUCAGAUGGGUGGACCACAAGGUAACAUGUCUAAUCAGAUGGGAGGUCCCCAGGGGGGAAACAUGGCACCCCAAAUGUCUGGGCCCCAAGGUGGUAUACCCAAUUCAAUUGUUGGACCUCAGUCUAACACAAAUCAAAGUCAGAUGGGUGGCCCACCCAACAGUAUGGGUCAAGGUCAAAUGCAAGGAGGCUAUGGUGGAUAUAACCAGGGACAAUACUAA